ACUUGGACACAGGCUGGGGAACCUGCCCAUGUCCUCUCUGGUCCCACAGGCAGCAUACAGCUCUGUCUGUGGAUGGGCCCCUCUUCUGUGUUUCGAGCAUCCUGUGAGGAUGCAGCUUCCCUAAGACUCCUUUCUGCAAUCAUCUAUGUCGCUUUCAAAAUGCUUGUGUGAGGGCCCAGAAUCUGGGUGUUCAUCACUAAGGACAGCUGGGGAAUAAGUUGGAAGUGGCUGUGACUGGCACACUUAUGCCAGGCCACAGUCUAAAUUCUGUGUGUCCUUUAUCUCGUCAAUUUUGUAGGCACAAACCAAAGGUGUUCUGUUAGGCUCCAGAACAGGUGGGACAAGGUGUACAACUUAAGGCUUGAGGUUCAACGGCUCGAAAGUGCACUGCCGGGAUUCUAACUGGGGUGGGCCCCAGGAGGAAAAAGUGUUAGGUGAGCAAGCAGGAGACUAAAUAUCAGCAGUUCAAGUCCCAGCCCCGCUUCCCCUGCUGUGUGACUCUGGCCAAGUCACUUAGCCUCUCUGAGACUCAGCUGUCUUCCCUGAAAACUGAGCUUAGGGAUGCACGGUCUCUGCGGUGAUGGAAAGUCACACAGGAGUGAAUACUAGAGUGUCAUCAGGAAGCUGUCUUUCCCAUCGCUUUGUGAAAGCGUGUUGGAAAAUUCAAACAGAGAAGAAAACACAGGGCCAGGACCCCCUCCACAUCCCUUUGGGCUAUUAUGUCACAUCGCUCCCAAGUUUGUGUGCCCUGAUUUCGCACAGCGAGGAAGCUGAUGGCUGGGGUUUCUGGGCUCAGACUCUUUGGGGCCAACUGAAACGCUGCUCAGCUUCUCACACGAAUGCAGCCUGCCGUCCUCGGCCCCGGUGCAGAAGAAUGGAAACUUCUACCACCAACAGCAUUUGCUAGCAACUUCCCUCUCUGUGGUUUUUCUCUGUCAUUCCCUUGAUAAAAGAACUCGAACUGAGCAAAUGUAACCAACACAAAUCACAUCUUGAUAUGAAAACAGCCGCCUUUCAAGAAGCAGGCUGCCUGGGAAAGGAUGCGCGAUGCACUCUGAACUGGGUCACUCUCCCCCUCAAGUGCCCAGGGUGCAGCUGACUUUCCGUGUGUCCUUGUACCUUAGGCUUCAAGCAACUCCGGCAGCCCCAGGGGAGAGAGACAUGGGCAACAGCAUGAAAUCCACCCCUGCACCCCCGGAGAGGCCGCUGCCCAGCACGGAUGGGCUGGAGAGUGAUUUCCUGGCUGUGCUGAGUGAUUACCCAUCUCCUGAUAUCAGUCCCCCGAUAUUCCGCCAAGGGGAGAAAUUACGCGUGAUUUCUGAUGAAGGAGGCUGGUGGAAAGCCAUUUCUCUCAGCACCGGCAGAGAGAGUUACAUCCCUGGAAUCUGUGUGGCCAGAGUGUACCACGGCUGGCUGUUUGAAGGGCUAGGCAGAGACAAGGCUGAGGAGCUGCUGCAGCUGCCAGACACGAAAGUGGGCUCCUUCAUGAUCAGAGAGAGCGAGACCAAGAAAGGUUUCUACUCACUGUCCGUGAGACACAGGCAGGUGAAGCACUACCGCAUCUUCCGCCUGCCCAACAACUGGUACUACAUCUCGCCCAGGCUCACCUUCCAGUGCCUGGAGGAUCUGGUCAAUCACUACUCUGAGGUGGCCGAUGGCCUGUGCUGUGUGCUCACCACACCCUGCCUGGCACAGAGCGUGCCCCCUGCAGCACGAGCCCCCAGCUCCCCCGUCAUCCUGCGCCAGAAGACCUUGGACUGGAGGAGGGCAGCCAGGCUACAGCAGGACCCCGAGGGAGCAGGGAACCCGCUUGGAGUGGACGAGUCCCUUUUCAGCUAUGGCCUUCGGGAAAGCAUCGCCUCCUACCUGUCCCUGACCGGGGAGGACCCCAGCCCCUUUGAUCGGAAGAAGAAGAGCGUCUCCCUGAUAUACAGCGGGAGCAGGCGCAAGAGCUCGCUCUUCUCGGCACCACAGUACUUCGAAGACUAGCCAAGGACAGGAGCGGGCUUUCACCCAUGGGACAGAAGUCCCAGCUGUCUCCUAGGGUCUUCUCUGAUCCCUGGGCACUUCACGCCUCCCAGAAGCCAAGAGAAGCUAUGUGGAGAUGCAACUCAAAUCUCUCUACCCAGAUGAUGACCAAAGAACCUCGCUUGGCAUCUUAGCAGCACUGUGACAUCUUGGCAGGCUGAGUGGUGACACCGUGGGCCAAUGUUUCAGAGAGCCCAGCAUGUGUGCAUCACGUGCGGGAGGGAUGAGCACACGCUCACAGGAAAGCGCCUCUCCAACACAUGGUCCAGACAGCCUGCUCCAAGUCCUCGGGAGGACUUCCGGCUGAGCAAGGCAGGGAGGAAGACCCACAAAGGCCGAGCCUCAGAAGGGUGGGGUCUGCAGAUGCGGGGCCCUACAUGGGCUCGGAGCUGCCCUCACUGUCUAUGAAGACUUCUGGGACACAAUGCACUGCCUCUCUUUUCAAGGAACCCCCAACACUACACACUAGCUUGAAGGUCUUAGUAGCUGUGCACCAGGAGGAGCCUUUGCUAUUCUCGUGUGCCAACACCAUGUGGGCAGCAGGGCCUUGGGAGAGAGGGAGGCUGCUGGCUGGGAAGACAGAAGUGGCUGGGAGUGUAUGAGGUUCCAGGUGGCCCCAGUCAUGGCCACAGUGCAAAAAGGGCUCCUCAGCUGCUGGGAUGUUUGCCUGUAUGAAUGCACCCAUUGUUUUAUUCCUUCUUGAUCUUCAAAAGAGUUGCUUUGUGACAUCCUAUGUAAGCGUGAGACCAGAAAAAUACAAAAACCAAAACCCUAGACCUCAACAGAGGUUGCAGAAUGGAGACGGAGAAAAUGUAUACAGAUGACAUAAAAGUGGAUAGAAGACAGAAAUCACCCACAGCUUAAGAAGGGGUAGGAGGUAGGUGAGGCCACCAGGACCUAUUAGGGAUGUAGGGUCAAGUAGGGAAACAGAUUAGCUCUAAAGAAUUAAUUUAGCAUGCAUUUUAUUCUAAAAAGAGUCUGGCAUGAAUGGGAAUAAAAAAUGCCGAGCUCCAGGAAAGAGGAGGCGCCUUUGUGGCUGAAUCUUGCCGUGAGUUUGUGUAACUGUAAGAGAUGAGGGGGAGAAUGUGGGGCAGAGGAAGCAGUGUGCAGGCUGGGAAGGGAGCGGCUGCAAUUCAACCAUGGCUCAUUCCUCCCGCUUCCGAGGGCUCUGGGGGAGGGGGCGGACGUGUAUGUUAUGUCGAAUUUGCUUGCCACACACAUUCCCUGGCCCUGUGCUCACAGCUAGUGGUACGUGCCUGUGUCCACAUGGUCCUGUACCAUCAGACUCCAGGCUGUUUACACGAGGAGCCAUGUGAAAUUCCAUAAUAACCCCGAGACUGCUCCAAAAGGACCAGUGUGUGAGGAAUGACUGCAGCAGGACAGUGGUGUCCACCGGCCGGGCACCCUCUGGGCUCUGACGUCUGCCCAGCACCCUCUGCAUUGUGUUCUGUGACCACUGAGACCAGAACCUUUGGAGAGCACUGCGGGGUGGGGGUGGGGUUGUAAGUAAGUGGGAAGCAUUACACUUCUUUGCUCAAUCAUGUAUUUAUUCCUGAUUAAUGUAAGCCUAAUAAAUAUUUAACCCUUGGAAUGGGGGAGCCUCUGGA